CUGCAAUCUGCCAAUAACUAGCUAAAGACGAAGAAGCAGGUUCCUGACAACAUAGCAUGAACGAAUGCUAUUACGGUUUUUUAUUCUUCAUUAUUUCUUGAAUUUCAUUAAACGUUAAUCUAAAAUGCCACCAAAGGGAAAAGGUGGCAAGGGUGGUAAAGGAGCAGCCUCGGGAAGUGCAGACGCUGACAAAAAAGAAAAAGCACCCAAGGGAGGCACUGCUGUGAAGGUUCGGCAUAUCCUCUGUGAAAAACAUGGAAAAUGCAUGGAGGCAAUGGAGAAACUGAAGGCUGGAGUCCGUUUCAGUGAAGUAGCCUCACAAUACAGUGAAGACAAAGCAAGACAAGGAGGUGAUCUGGGGUGGAUGACGCGAGGAUCAAUGGUUGGACCUUUCCAGGAUGCAGCAUUUGCCCUACCUGUCAGUUCCAUGGAUAAACCUGUCUACACGGACCCUCCUGUCAAGACAAAGUUUGGGUACCACAUAAUUAUGGUAGAGGGGAAAAAGUGACGUGGGACAGCUCAACUCUUGAAAUCAGGACACAGAUUCUACAGUGUGCUAUAUUGUGGCUCUGAUUAUUUCCUGAUCCGUGCUUCAAUGCAAUGGUUGCUCUGUGUUUCAACGAAUGUUUUCUGGAAAAAUUGAGUCAGCUUUGUCUGUGUUAUGCAUACACUACCUUACUGACAAUUCAACCUGAGGGGACAUUCUUAAAAACUUUACAUUCAAAUAAUGGAUUUUCUUUUUCACCUUGGUAAGAUUUGUGGAAAUUGAACCACAAAUAGCCAAAUAAAUUAAUUUUCACUCAAAUGGUA